AUGGGGAAGUCCACUGAGCUAGUUAAAAUUCUUAAGAAGAAGAGGAUUAAUAUAGCUUGCGUCCAAGAGACUAAAUGGGUAGGAUCUAAAGCUAAGGAUGUGGACGAGUAUAAGUUAUGGUUCUCCGGUAAGUUGAUGUAUAGGAAUGGGGUAGGCAUUUUAGUAGAUAGUGAGCUAAAGGACCAGGUGGUAGAGGUUAGGAGGGUCAAUGACUGGAUGAUGGUGAUUAAGUUUGUCAUGGGAGGGUCUACUUUGAACAUUAUUAGUGUUUACGCGCCACAAGCAGACUUGGACGAGGAGGAGAAGAGACGCUUUUGGGAGGAUUUGGAUGAAGUGAUGGGAGGUAUACCGCCCAAGUUAUUCAUUGGAAGAGAUUUCAAUGGACACAUUGGAUUAUCUAUAGGGGGCUAUAACGAUGAGCAUGGAGGUUUUGGCUUCGAGGAAAGGAACGGAGGAGGGGUCUCACUCCUGGAUUUUGCAAAAGCUUUUGGAUUGGUGGUAGCCAACUCGAGUUUUCCAAAAAGGGAGCAGCAUCUGGUAACCUUCCGUAGUUCGACGGCUGCGACGCAUACAGACUUUUUGCUCCUUAGAAAAGAUGAUAAAGGUCUUUGUAAAGACUGCAAGGUCAUUCCGAGUGAGAACCUUACGACCCAGCAUAAGCUCUUAGUGAUGGAUUUGGAGAUUAAUAGGAAGAAUAAAAAGAGGGUUGUGGAUGACCGGCCGAGAAUCAGGGGAAACCAUGAUGGAGAACUCGCCGCAGCUAAAACAAGCUCAAUAGAGAUAGCAGCAACUACAGGGUUUGAAUUGAGUUCAGCCACAAUAACGAUGGGGAAUGAAAAGUUGAGCACACCGCCAAUUAAGAGCAAAGCAGUUUGGGCAAAGAAAGAACAGAGGCAUGGAAAAAACUGA